UCUGUGCGGUGGGUAGACCUACUCUAAACUAGUUCGACAUUAUGGAGCGGCUACGCAAACUGCACCGGCGUUUUCCAACCAAAAUGCUGCUGAAACAUCGACGAUUGUUACUGGUGACUACAAUGAUUAUGGUCUUCUUUGCUGUAAGAUAUAUGAACAUCGCAGGUCGCAUGUUAAAAGUUGCAGACGACUUAUGGUACACGAAUGCCUACCUACAAACUAUGAAACCAGUUGCCAUCCACCACAACACCGGUCAACAGAACACAGAAAUUGCUUGCGUCAUCGAGUCCUCCCUCGGAAGCUGUGACGGAAUCGGUUUUGCUUCUCUUGUUUUGCAGACAAUAGACGAAAUCACAACAUGUUUGGCGCGAGGGUUUGUUCCAACAGUCAUUUGGACGGACUGUGAUUAUUGUGGGCCACCUGGAUCUGACGUGAACUAUUGGACAUGGUUUUUCAAAGCGAUAAAUGAAGGCAUAGAGGAAACAGCUGGGACCAGAGUGUGCGUGGCGCCUACUACGCCUCUGUUUAUCAGUUCUUCGCUGUACCUGACUCGACCGGGUGCAAUAGGUGAAUUGGACGAUUUCCGGUUUGCUGACAUGGAACGCAAGGUGACGAACUUCUGGCAACCAAUCACGGCAGAGACUCGGGCGCUUGCCAAUUACGUCAUAUCCGGUUACCUGAAGCCAGCCGAUCGAGUUGAAAAUGUUGUCAAUAGUUUCUACCGCAACCAUAUGGAGGGAUACGUUAAUAUAGGUGUCCAUUUACGACUUUCAAAGGGCCAUAGUGAAGAGAUGACGAACUUCUUUCAGCAAAGAAGUCCCAAAUUACACAAGUUCAUUCAAGUCGUACAACGCGUCAUAAACGACGCCAUUGCAACACACGCUGGUAGAGAAAUUCGCAUAUUUCUAGCAUCGGACACGGAUGAAGCUAUCGACGCAUUUAAGGCAGAGUUUAAAGACAACAAAGUCCUAAAUAUCAGCGCUUGCCGAGGAGAACAUUGCAGAUCGCAGAAAGAAGGAGAGAAGGUUUUGACAGACAUUUUGCUGAUGGCUAAAUGCGACUACUUAGUGCACGAUGAAUCGAAUGUUGUGGCUAUAUCGUAUUACUACAACACCAACAUCAAAAGUUAUUACGUCAGUGGAGACCCGUCCGACCACAAACGGUUGAACGCGCGAUCUCGCUUUGACGCAGACGACCUUUUUCGUCAGGCCGUUUCCAGGGUGACCAAUAACAUCCGGGUCCCUCUCGCUUGGCGGGAAAGCUCGCUUUUGAUUGGCCUAACCGCAAAGUGGCACGUCCUGUGGGGGAUUUUGAAUUCGGAUCUACCAAUGGAGGAUGUCGGAUGUUACUUCAGGAAUAUCAAAUUGAGCAAGUGUCGCGAAGAGUUUCAGAGAUCAGAGUUUGCAAAGGAUAGCGACCUCAGAGAUUUAAUGCACAUAUAGCAUAAAAAGUAUACAAGUAUAACACAUUAUACGUGUCUGGCUAUUGUCUGUACUGCGGUCGUUUACAGUUUUUCUUUUAACAAAGGGACUACAAUAGAGAGAUAGAUAUGUUCAUUCAUGUACAGGAGUGUCUGCGACCAGGUUUUUAUAGAUAUAGUGACCAGAAAUAGAUAUAUAGAUAUGUAACGUUAUGUCUGUAUAUCAGACAUAUAAAGUAGAAAUCUAUGUCACUAUCCUGACAAGCAAAUUUUUCACUGCAUUAUAUCGUUUUAUACAAUACGUAAUAAGUUAAUGAUAUUUUGAUUGUCGCUUCAUAAUCACGAAUAAAAGAUAUACCGACCCAUAAUUUUACACCCCCUUAGAAUGAAUA